UUGCUCAUGUCUUAAAAAUGAGACCUCAUCGUUCAUGUAUACUAUGAGCUUAUUUUCAUAUAAUAGGUGGAUCUACCGUUAUUUUAGAGAAGUAAUCUCUUUAAUAGCGACUCUAAUUUUAUUGAUGGAUAGACAUAUAAUCCUUUUCAAUCAAUCAACUCACCUGCUUCGGAUUUGUCUGCUUGUACUAUUCAAUUAACCCUAUUCGGUAUAAGCAAAUGGGAAGUUCAUCCUAAAAAGUCAA